AUGCAACCUACUCAGGUCAUUCAGAACAGGCCAUAUGUCGCCUCUCUUCAACGUAAGGAGACACUUCUUUCGACAUGCUUCCGGCAGGGACAACUGGACAGAGUAAACGUGCUCGGAGACGACAAAAGCGGUCACACAGGGUGUGUGAAUGCUCUUUCGUGGGGCAAAGGAGGGGAAGUCUUGGUCAGCAGCGGGGAUGACACACACAUCCGACUAUGGCGUCUUAGCGAAAACAACUUGGAGCAGGAAUAUCCUUUCACAUGCGAUGCUGUCAUCCACACAGGGCAUCGAGCGAACGUGUUCAAUGCUCAAAUGCUUCCUCACUGUUCUCGCAUAGUCACGGUCGCUGGUGACCGUCAAGUACGCGUGUUCGACCACGAAAAGGCCGGUGGGUACCCUCUUCACACCGGAGAGAUGGAGUACGGUACGCGAGAGGCGGCUAUAAGAAUCAUCAAGUGCCACAAGGGACGCGUAAAGAGGAUCAUCACAGAGGACAGUCCGGACCUCUUCCUCACUGUGGCUGAGGACGGAACCGUUCGUCAACAUGACCUCCGCGUCAGCCACUCGUGCAGAGGAGAUUUGGCAUGUUCUGCGCCUCUCGUCCAACUCAGUCACGAGCUGUCAUCAAUAUCUCUCUCUCCAAUGACACCGUAUCAGUUCGUCGUCGCUGGUGCAUCACCCUAUGGCUAUCUGUUUGAUCGUCGGCACUCUGGAAGAUUGCUCCAAGCCGAGUGGGGUCAAUCCCCAGCAAGCGACGAGCUGACGACUUGUGUGCGAAGGUUUGGAAGGAACACCCGAGGUCCGCACGAGAGAAAAGGACACGAGCAUAUCACAGGGACCCGUAUGGCAUCAACCAAUGGAUUCGAGGUGUUGCUCUCUUAUAGCGCAGAUGCCAUAUACCUGUACUCAACCUUGGAUGAUCCGCCGCCCACCAGUAUGGCGCCACUGGAUUCGUCUGUCCUGCGUCCCAACCGGAAGCGCGACUCUCGGCGAACAUCGGACGGAGCCUCCAAUACUUCCGACGUCGGGAUAUCACAAUCACGUCGCGAUGCGAUGAUGGAGGAAGACAUCGAGCGAAUACUGGCCGACAGUGGUAACCACUCGAGCCGUGCGGAGAAUGAGUGCCUGCCUCUACUCGAGGACUCAAUGGAGGAAGAUGAUCCAGAUGUCCGUCCAGAAAAUGAAGAAGAUGAUGAUAACGACGACGACGAAGAUGGUGAGGAAGAGGCGGAAGGGGACAAGCGAUACAGCGGCGUAGACACUCUGCUUCCUCGGUCGCGGUUCUCGGGUGUUUGCAAUGUCGAGACCGUCAAGGACGUAAACUUCCUCGGCCCUCGAGACGAGUAUAUUGUCUCGGGGUCCGAUGAUGGCAAUUGGUUCAUGUGGGAGAAGUCCACCGGAAGACUCCACGACAUUCUAGAAGGAGACGGUAGUGUUGUGAAUGUCAUCGAAGGCCAUCCUUACCUGCCCCUAGUGGCGGUUAGUGGCAUAGACCACACGAUUAAGUUGUUUGCCACAACCCCCGAGCCCAGCAAAUUCUCCAGGAUGGAGCGAGCUGACGCGAUCGUGAAACGCAACACUGACGCCGCCGCCCCUCGAAGGAGUGAUUUGGCGAAUCUGCUGUUGUACUAUCGGCUCACACGACGGUUGGGUCGUGAGGGUGAAGGCGAAGAAGGAGAUCCUGAAUGUAAUUUUCAAUGA